UCGGAACGGGCUAGCAUGCCCUUGUGCUUUGGCCAGAAACUUCGUUCAUUUUCAGAUUCCGUCAUCACUGGCCUGCAAAACUUGACAAUUCCAUGCUCACCGUCUCUACCGCCCAACGCCCGUCGCGGAAACUUGCAGCCCGGCCUUUUGGGCCAUCCUAUGUGCUGGCAUUCGCUCUCUUGGGGCAACACUUACCCCUGUUCCAGCACUCGCGAUUACUAACUCCCGAGCUUCCACACCUUGUCCGUUUUUUGUCCUUGCGUCACUAUUUAAAUAGCUACAAGGCCCGGACGCUGCUGCCUUCAUGAGUAGGCUGUUUGUUUAUAGACUUCAGAGCCUUGCGCCUAGUGUUUCCUUCACUGUCCUGGUUUCCCAUAGCCUUGUCUUCACUUCCAAAGGAACCCUAGCUGCUGCUCCCCUCACAGCCUGUUCUCGCCAAAUCUCAACCUCACCACCCUGUAUGGCUCCCAUCCCCAAGGAAUGUGACUACCUAGUCAUAGGCAUCGGUAGCGGAGGAAUAGCCUCUGCCAGACGAGCGGCCAAAUAUGGCGCCAAGGUCAUUGCCGUGGAAUCAAGACGUAUGGGUGGUACUUGCGUAAACGUAGGAUGUGUACCAAAAAAGGUGACCUGGAAUGCCGCUGCAAUAUCGGAGACCUUCAAGGACGCGAAAGCCUAUGGAUUCGGCGGAUACGACACGCCCUCAUUCGAUUGGCCAUACUUCAAGAAGAAGCGAGAUGCAUACGUGAAGAGAUUAAACGGAAUCUAUGAGAAUAAUUUGAACAGGGACAAAAUUGAACAUAUGAAAGGAAGGGCAAAGUUUGUGACAGAGAAUGAGGUUGAGGUGGCGCUAGAGAGCGGAGGAACUCAGAGAGUCAAAGCUAAGAACAUCCUCAUCGCAACCGGCGGACGACCCAAGAUCCCAGAUUUCCCUGGGAAAGAGCUCUGCAUCGACAGCGAUGGAUUCUUCGACCUCGAAACUUUACCAAAGAGCAUUGCUUCGAGCGGCGCCGGUUAUAUCGGUGUUGAGAUGUCCGGCAUGCUCCACGCACUCGGCAGCAAGGUCCACUUCUUUAUCCGUGGCCAGAAGCUUCUCAGGAGCUUUGACCCUAUGAUUCAGGAUGUCGUGACGAAAGAGUACGAACGACAAGGCAUCAGUCUGCAUAAGGGCUCGCAAAUCACUAAGGUGGAAGACAUCGGGAAUGGCCUCAAGCGGGUGACAUACCAAGAAACCGAAAGCAAAAAGGAGUCAACAGUUGAAGUCGAAGUUGUACUCUUCGCCGUUGGCCGUUCCCCUGAGGUUGAGGAUCUCCAUAUCAAAGAGCUUGGCAUCAAACUAAAUGAGAAGAACCAUAUUGUAACCGAUGACUACCAGAACACCAGCACUCCAAACAUCUAUGCAAUCGGCGACGUCUGCGACCGGGGCUUCGAACUCACGCCAGUGGCCAUUGCUGCAGGUCGACGACUCUCAGAUCGGCUCUUUGGUGGCAAAAAGAACUCGCAUCUUGACUACAGUAAUAUCCCCUCAGUCGUAUUUUCCCACCCUGAAAUCGGCUCAAUUGGCCUCACCGAGCCCCAAGCAAGGGAGAAGUAUGGCGACAAAGUCAAGGUCUACAAGACGGAGUUUACCGGCAUGUACUAUGCGAUGAUGGACCAAGAAGACAAGGGCCCAACAGCCUACAAGAUCAUCUGCGUAGGCGACGAAGAGAAAGUAGUCGGUCUGCACAUUCUCGGAACAGGUAGUUCCGAAAUCCUCCAGGGAUUUGGUGUUGCGGUUAAGAUGGGCGCUACAAAGCAAGACUUCGAUAAUUGCGUGGCUAUUCACCCCGUUUCGGCUGAGGAAUUGGUCACCAUGACAUAGAACCCCUCUCGGGACACGUUUUACCCGUGCGUAGUUCAUAGAUUACCGAUUCGUAGAAUUUAUCUGCAGCACAUGUAUGAGCGCUCGCUUGCAGCUGGCUGUCCCCCCACCGCAUAUGCAUCACAGUUUUUGUGCUCGUUUUUUGGUGCCGUUUUCGUGCAGCUUCGCUAACGUGCUCGGACACCCGCCCCCACAAUGCAAAAAGUGGAUACUUUUCAUGGGGCAAGGUAAAGCGCAAGGAUUUUUUUGCAGCGGCCUUUGAGUCGGCGAACCGGCAUUUACUCGGCCUCUGGAUUGCCGGGAAUGUAUCUUGGUGUGGUGUGGUGUGGUGUGGUGGGAAGUGUAUGGGGUGAUGAUGGACCGGUCAAGGAGGGAAGGCUGAUUCACUUCAUUUCAAUAUGAAUUCGGCCCUUUUUGUAUUUCAAAUCAUUCUCUCCUCCUGGAGCUGGUACGUAAAUUCUCCAAAAAAUAUGUCAAUCCCUAU